AGUAGCUCUUCCCCCCAAACAUCAGCUUAAAAUUUCCCAAAUACUUCGACUAUCUGGGGAGAAUGUCUCAGGAACUGGUGCCGUAUCCCGAGCCGGAGAAGAUAUUCCUAAUUGCCUACGAAAUGAGAGUGCCGGAGGGUUCAUCCGCCGGGAGCCUGUUGCCCCUUGUGACCCUCAAGGCGGAGCAGCUGAAGGUGCGCGGCUACAUCACCCAGACGCAUUGUGGCCGCAAGGUGGGCGGCGAACUGGAGGGCAGCGAGGUGGAUCUCAACCAGAUGGUAGAGUGGCUGAUGGAAAAAGCUCGUCCGAAGGUGGACGAUGGUUCCAGUAACCAGAAAAUGGCGGAGGUACGGUUCUCUCCGAGGAAAGUGCAAUCGGGAGCCAAGUACGACGAUUUCUUCUACUGUUGAUUGAAAUUACUUAAUUUGAAAAAUAACAGCAAUUGCAUUGGCCCCAGAA